AUGUCAGGAAGAGGAUUGAAAAGGAAAAUAAAUUCAGAAUGUCGUGUUUUCAAUGAAAAGUGGUCGUUGGAUUAUUUCGUAAUUUAUUCAGGUGACAAAAUAAUAUGUUUAAUAUGCAAAGAAAGUAUUUUUGUACUUAAGGAGUACAAUAUUCGAAGGCAUUAUGAAACAAAACAUAAGACAACUUUUUCAAAAUUUACUGAGAAAUUACGGUUAGAUAAAUUGCAGUCACUUCAAAAUAAUUUUUCAUCACAACAAUUAUUAUUUAAAAAACAAAAAAAUAUUAAUGAAGCUGCUACAAAGACUAGUUUUCGUAUUUCACAUCUAUUGGCAAAAAGAGGAAAAGCGUUUUCUGAUGGUAGUUUAAUAAAAGAAUGUAUAAUUCAAGCAGUUGAAGAAAUUUGUCCAGAAAGAAUUGAUACUUUUAAAAAUAAUAGCCUUUCUGCUAACACAGUUCCCCGUAGAAUUGACGAUAUUAGUAAUAAUUUAAAUUCUCAGGCACAAAAAAAGGUUUAA